UGAACAGUUCAGUUCUGCUCUCUAGCUCAAGCUUGGAAGUGCUCAUCACUUCUAUUCAGCUUUAGCACCUUUCUCCACUUCUAACGACAGGAGUAAGCGCUAGCAGCUGACAGUAUUGCAGCUAAGUCCCCUGGGUGGUCACUUUUCCUCCUGUCUAUCUUUCCUGAUCCUUCGCCACAAUGGAGAGAGUUCAGCACAUCACCCGCUCGGCCAUACGCAGGGCCUCCGUCAUUGAGGUGAACCCGCAGACCAAACGCAACCUGCAGGAGCUCUUCGUCAACUUCUCACUCAUCCUCAUCUGCCUGCUCCUCAUCUACAUCAUUGUCCUGCUGUUGUGAGAAUGGAGGACAUGCGUGGCCAAAAGAACCUGAAGCCUGGAUGGAGUGUGGGACAAGAACAGGACUUUACUCACGUUAUCGCUGGUUUUUAUUACACGGCGUGAUCAUAUUCAGAAUUUAGGAUUCUAGAUUUUUUUUUAGAUAUUUUAAUUUCUUACCAUAUGCACUACAGUCACCAAUAUUUACUGUACACCAGCCUACACAUGCAACUGAAUCAGAUGUCUAUAUGAUUAUACUUCAUAAAUACACAUUAUUAUCCAAGAAAAAAAACAGGAAAUGAAAUUUCAGAUAAAGGUAUUUAGCAUACAUGUUGUCUCAGGAGUAAGAGGGCCAUAUAAAUAAAAUUAAAGGUGCAGUCUAUGAUUUUUUUUUAAAGAAAGCUUUUCUAUAUGUAUUCCAGUUAUAUAAUAUUGAAGACUCCUGCAAUAUUCGAUAUUCACUAUAUUGCUAUGCAAUGAAUCUCAUCUCAUUACUUUAUUUGUUUCUGGCUUCUGUUGACAUUUUUCUGGCCCAGAAAUUCCCAUCAACCUCACCAAAGAGCUGCUUAAAAGGCAACCCAUGAGGCAUCUGUACAGUCAGACAGGGCGAGGAGAAAGAGAAGGCUGGUCAAUGUUUUAAUCAUGUUUGCAAUCAAUUCUCAGCCAGCAGAGGGCGCUAAAUGUUACAAAAAAUUAUAUUUACAAAAUCAAACAUUUUGUCUUCCCCCAAAAAGUGUCCUGUACUUUU